AUGAUCUGGCUGUCGGGAGAUGACGGUAUUCCGGGAUUCGUCGGGGUUCCGGGAAAGUCGGGACAUACAGGAAUCGCGGGGGUGAGAGGUCCCGAUGGUCUCGACGGGUGUAACGGUACCGAUGGUCGUGCAGGCCCACCAGGAAUACCAGGCUUGUACGGCCCGAGAGGAUUGCAAGGCCCUGAUGGAGAUUCAGGUCCGAUCGGUGAACCUGGUGAAGGUGGAAUUAAUUCUAUUGGUGUAAAAGGAGACCGUGGUAACCCUGGAAUUGAUGGUCCUCAAGGGUUCGAUGGCGAAUUUGGAUACCCCGGAGAAAUGGGAUACCCUGGAGAAACAGGAGAUAUGGGAUACCCAGGUCCUGUAGGUCUUCCAGGUCUUCGUGGUGACCAAGGUGACACAGUUUACGGAAUCCAAGGCCAGGUUGGAGAACAAGGAGACCGCGGAGAGCCUGGCCAGCCGACUAUUGAGCUGACGAGAACUCAAAAUACGCUUCUGGUGAAAGGACCCAUGGGUCCCAAAGGUAUUCGUGGCGACUACGGCGACUGGGGAAGGAAAGGAGAGAUCGGAGAGCGAGGACUUACUGGACGGCCUGGUUAUGUUGGUGUGAAAGGAGUCAAAGGUGAACAAGGUGACGAUGGACCGAGAGGUAAACAAGGAAUCCAGGGGCCUUUGGGUCCCGCUGGAGAAAAAGGAGAGAAAGGAGCUCCAGGAUACGAAGGAAAACCUGGAGAGGAUGGAUGGGAUGGAGAACUUGGUGAACCAGGAAACAGAGGACCACCCGGUCGACAAGGAGCUCCCGGAGAAAAAGGUCAAUACAUUCCCGAACUCGAUGAAAUAGUAAUAGGACCGAUUGGAAUUCAGGGAGAUCUAGGACCGCCCGGAGAACCAGGACACUCUGGAAGCGACGGAAAGCCUGGAUUAGUUGGAUACAUUGGUCCUCCAGGAUCUCCUGGACCUAAAGGUGCUCCUGGUGAAUCUGGACCUAAAGGAUCUUCAGUUAAAGGCGAACAAGGAGAUGAUGGAUUACCCGGAACACUGGGUCCAAUGGGACCGAUAGGAAAACCGGGAUUACCAGGAAUCGUAGGAGCUAAAGGAUUCCCCGGGGUGACAAUAAUCGGUCCUCCAGGUCCUGACGGUCAGCCAGGAUUCGAGGGACUAAAUGGACCACCUGGUGAUCGAGGAGAUCCUGGACCACCUGGUGAAAAGGGAUUCCCCGGAAAAGGAGCAAAAAUUCAAGGCCCGCGCGGUGAAGAUGGUCUGCCAGGAACACCAGGAACCCCUGGACCAGAUGGUUGGCCAGGAGUUCCAGGUUUCAAGGGCGAAAAAGGAUUCCGAGGCGAUGAUUGUGGAGUUUGUGCUCCAGGCUUGCCGGGGCACAAAGGAGACAGAGGUGACUCUGGACUAAAUGGAUACCCCGGAGCUCCAGGAUUCGCAGGCCUCCCAGGGCCUCGAGGUCUCAAGGGCAAGCACGGAAGACCAGGAAGCAUCGGACCGAUGGGUCUUGAAGGCGAAAACGGACGACCUGGAAUCUCUGGGCCCCAAGGGGCCAAGGGAUUCCCCGGAUCCAUCAAAUGGCCUCCUCGUGGAAAGCUUGCGGCUCCUUCUGGAGAUCGCGGAGACAAAGGGUACCCUGGGUUCGAGGGCCUCCAAGGGCCACCUGGCGCUUCUGGUGAAAUAGGCGAUGUUGGUCCUGCAGGUCCUAAAGGAGAAAAGGGAGAGUUUGGAAUGCCUGGAAAACCUGGAAGAGACGGAAGACCAGGCUUCGAUGGCUUGCCUGGAGAAAAAGGCGACGAUGCUGAAAUUCCUAAAGAAUACUUGCAAGGUGAUCCCGGAUUGGACGGCACUCCGGGUCCGAAAGGAGAGAGAGGAGAACCUGGAGCUCGAGGAGAGUCUGGAACGUCCUCGGAAUACAAUAUUGACAUUACCGGUGACAAAGGAGUCAAAGGAGAACGUGGUGGACCUGGUCAUCCAGGAAUGAAAGGAUAUCCAGGACGAACUGGAGAUGAAGGUUGGUUCGGAACUCCAGGUUUGCCUGGGUCGCCAGGUAUUUCGAUUCAAGGUCUCCAAGGUUUGAAAGGGUAUGCUGGUAUGCCAGGAGACCAGGGUCCUCGAGGUUUUCCUGGUGAACCUGGUAAACAAGGUCCAGUUGGUUUUCUGGGACCACCAGGACAAAAAGGAGACCGUGGAGAUGCCGGAACAAACCAAUUGUACGGAGAUAUCGGUGAGCAAGGUUACCUCGGUGAGAAAGGUGACGACGGAGACGAUGGACAACCUGGUAGGCGUGGUCAGGAGGGCGAAAAUGGGCCCAAAGGUGUCAAAGGGUCUAAAGGUGCUCCUGGAUUCGAGGGAUUACCUGGACUUCAGGGUGCGAAAGGAGUACGAGGAGACAGUAUUCAAGGAUUCCGUGGGUUCCCGGGUAGUCCUGGAGCACCUGGAAUCCCAGGUAUGCUCGGUAAUUUCGGUGUGAAAGGUCAAGAUGGGUCACCUGGAUACCGAGGAAUCAAAGGAUUGAAAGGAGAGAUCGGAUUCCAUGGUCGUCAUGGUGAAGACGGUGACAUGGGACCUGAAGGUUACCCUGGAAUGGUCGGAAUGCCUGGACUCCCAGGUCGACCAGGCGACGACGGAGACAUGGGCGAAAUCGGCGAGCCCGGACCGCCAGGAUGGAUAGGCUUGGAUGGAAUCGAUGGCAUGCCUGGAGUGAAGGGAGAAAUAGGUGACGAAGGAUUCCCAGGAUUGCCAGGGCCACCAGGUCCGAUGGGUCCUCCGGGUCCCAUUGGUGAUGUCGGCUUCGAUGGAAUUCCUGGAGAGUCUGGAGAAAACUCGUUCAGCGGACCCCAGGGUGACAUGGGUGACACUGGAGCCAAGGGAGAGAUCGGAGCCCCAGGGUUACCUGGCUUCGACGGAAGACCUGGACUUCCUGGAGACAUCGGUCGCGAAGAUCUCGGCUUCGAUGGUUUGCCGGGAGAAAAGGGAGACCGAGGCUGGGACGGCGUCAACGGAAGACCUGGUCCCAAGGGAGAGAUUGGAGACAUUGGACCUGAUGGAGUCAAAGGAGAGAGGGGAGACUAUGGAUUGCAAGGACGACCUGGUACUCCGGGAAUCCCGGGAAGAGAUGGAGAGAAAGGAGAGAUUGGACCCAUGGGACCUGCUGGAUACAAUGGACCCAAAGGAAAGCGUGGAUUGGAUGGUGAUCCAGGUGCUAUUGGACGACCAGGAAAGCCUGGAGAUGCCGGACCUAGAGGAUUCUCUGGACUGCCAGGUCUUGAAGGACCUAAAGGAGAGACAGGAGAACCUGGAUUGCCUUCGUACGCUGAAGCUGAGAGGGGAGAUUGGGGUGAUGAUGGCUAUCGCGGGCUUAGAGGUAGAAAAGGUGAACUUGGUGAUAUGGGUCUUUCUGGUUUCCCUGGUCGCCCUCCGGGAGAGUUCCCAGAGCCUGGAGAGCCAGGUAUGCCGGGACUGAACGGCAUGCCGGGUCUCCCAGGUCGUCCUGGCCAGAAGGGAGCGCCAGGAGAAUAUGGACCUGACGGGCCCAAGGGAAUUCACGGAGAGCCUGGAAGAAGUAUUCCUGGGCCGAAAGGUGUGCAUGGAGAUCAAGGACCUCGUGGUUAUGAAGGACGCCCAGGAACUCCGGGUCCAAGAGGGCUCGAAGGCUUCCCUGGAGAACUCGGGCCCAAAGGAUUCCGCGGAGAGCCAGGGUACUCAAGCUACGCACCAAAGGGUGAAACUGGAGAUGUUGGUUUUCAAGGUCGAGAUGGAAAACACGGCGUUAAAGGAGAAAUCGGUGGCUCUGGCAGAGAUGGAUCUCGCGGGUAUCCUGGCUUGAAGGGAGAGCAAGGAGAGUCUGGAUUCCCAGGAUUCCCUGGAAGCGAAGGAAUGAUGGGAAUGCCAGGACUAGACGGCCUUCCAGGUCUCGAAGGUGAACGUGGUGAUGACGGAGAAGUUGGACCCGCUGGUCCUGACGGCGAAGACGGUCGCCCUGGACGCCAGGGAGCUCCAGGCUCAGCUGGUCGUCAAGGACCAUCUGGAUUCACUGGUCUACCAGGAGAUGACGCUCUUCCUGGACCUGGACCUAGAAGUCGAGGCUUCCACUUUGCUCGGCACUCUCAGACAGAAAUGAUUCCUCAGUGUCCUCGUGGAUCGACCAAACUUUGGGAUGGAUUUUCUCUGCUUCACAUUAUGGGCAAUGGUCAUCCUUGGGCUCAAGAUCUUGGAGCUGCUGGUAGUUGUGUCAGAAAAUUCUCAACAAUGCCUUUCUUAUUCUGUAAUUUGAACAACGUGUGUGAUUACGCGCAGCGUAACGACUACAGUUACUGGUUAAGUUCAACAGAACCAAUGCCGAUGAUGAUGACACCAAUCCCUGCUCGAGAAUCCGGACGGUAUAUUUCCAGAUGUUCGGUCUGCGAAGCUCCAACCCGCAUGAUAGCUGUUCACAGUCAGUCUAUGACAAUUCCGUCCUGUCCUGGAGGUUGGGACGAAGCUUGGAUCGGUUACAGCUUCCUUAUGCAUCGUGACUCUGGAGCUGCUGGAGGUGGUCAAUCUCUAAUCUCACCGGGAUCCUGCUUGGAGGAAUUCCGCACCCGUCCGUUUAUCGAGUGCCGUGGUUUAGGCACUUGUAAUUACUUCUCAACAGCGAUUUCAUACUGGCUGGCGACCAUAGAAGACCACGAGAUGUUCAGAAAGCCGCAACCGCAGACACUCAAGGCAGACCACACAUCCAGGGUAAGUAGGUGUGCUGUUUGUGUAAGACGACAAAUCACCGAGGAAAACGGAACCCGGUUGAAGCCUAUCACCACCAACGGAUCUCGCUACCCGCCUCAGAAUUAUAAUCCUCAAAGAGUUCUAACAAUUGGUGGUGUUCAGCCAAUUCAAUCUCUUACACCAGUUCAACCUUAUGAUAACGCUCAGCGACGAAGACCUACUCAAGGAAAACCUUAUUACGAACGACCUCAAGGUUUUGACCGAACUCAAGGAUUUGAUCGAACUCAAGGAUUUGAUCGAACUCAAGGCUAUCAUCGACCUCAAGGAUUUGAGCGACCUCUGAGCUACGAGCGACCUCAAAGCUCCUACCGUAGAAAUCAGCAGUUCCGAAGACCAGAAUUAAUCUAUCUGGUUUAA